CUCCUCCCCUCACUGUGCGAGCUGUUACCUCCCCCUCCUGAGGAACUACCAGCAGCAGCACAGGCGCCGCCGUGCCUUUGACGGAGCAGAUACAGUAAGCCGGAGUCAGAGCUACACCCGCACAGCCAUGGCAGACAACGCCGGCUUGGAAAACCACCGUAUCAAGAGCUUUAAAAACAAGGGGCGUGAUGUCGAGACUAUGAGAAGACAUCGAAAUGAGGUGACAGUAGAGUUGAGAAAGAACAAACGAGAUGAACAUUUACUGAAGAAGAGAAAUGUCCCUCAGGAGGAGAGUCUGGAGGAUUCUGAUGUCGACUCCGACUUUAAAGGGCAAAAUGUUACACUUGAUGCAAUCUUACAGAAUGCAACCAGUGACAAUGCAGUUAUACAGCUCAGUGCAGUGCAAGCAGCCAGAAAACUUCUCUCCAGUGACAGAAACCCUCCUAUUGAUGACUUGAUAAAGUCUGGGAUCCUGCCCAUUUUAGUCAAAUGCUUGGAGAGGGAUGACAAUCCUUCACUUCAGUUUGAGGCAGCUUGGGCUCUGACCAACAUCGCCUCUGGGACAUCAGCACAGACUCAGGCUGUGGUUAAAUCAAACGCAGUGCCCUUGUUCCUGCGGCUGCUACACUCUCCCCACCAGAACGUUUGUGAACAGGCUGUAUGGGCUUUAGGAAAUAUUAUAGGUGAUGGUCCACAGUGCAGGGAUUAUGUCAUCUCCCUGGGUGUAGUGAAGCCUCUGCUCUCUUUCAUCAACCCAUCAAUCCCCAUCACCUUCCUCCGCAAUGUUACCUGGGUCAUUGUUAACCUCUGCCGCAACAAGGAUCCACCUCCGCCCAUGGAGACUGUGCAAGAGAUUCUGCCUGCUCUCUGUGUGCUAAUAUAUCACACUGAUAUAAAUAUACUUGUCGACACAGUGUGGGCGCUGUCCUAUCUGACGGACGGAGGAAACGAACAGAUCCAGAUGGUCAUUGAUUCUGGAGUUGUUCCAUUACUUGUGCCUCUCCUUAGCCACCAGGAGGUGAAGGUUCAGACGGCAGCUCUGAGGGCAGUUGGAAACAUAGUGACGGGAACAGACGAGCAGACCCAGGUGGUUCUUAACUGCGAUGUUCUCUCUCACUUCCCCAAUCUUCUCACCCAUCCUAAAGAAAAGAUUAACAAGGAAGCUGUUUGGUUCUUGUCCAACAUCACAGCUGGGAACCAGCAGCAGGUCCAAGCUGUCAUCGAGGCCGGGCUAAUUCCUAUGAUCAUCCACCAACUGGCUAAGGGUGACUUUGGCACUCAGAAGGAGGCAGCUUGGGCUAUCAGCAACCUCACCAUCAGUGGGAGGAAAGACCAGGUGGAGUUCCUGGUGAAGCAGAACGUCAUCCCUCCGUUCUGUUACCUGCUGUCGGUGAAGGACUCCCAGGUGGUGCAGGUUGUACUGGACGGCCUCAAGAACAUCCUCAUUAUGGCUGGAGACGAAGCCAGCACAAUUGCUGAAAUCAUAGAGGAGUGCGGAGGUUUGGAGAAAAUAGAAAACUUGCAGCAACACGAGAAUGAAGAUAUCUACAAAUUAGCCUUUGAGAUCAUUGAUCAGUACUUUUCAGGAGAUGAUAUUGAUGAAGACCCUAGCUUGAUCCCUGAAACCACUCAAGGAGGAACCUUCAACUUUGACCCUGCACCCAACAUGCAAACAAAGGAAUUCAAUUUCUAAAAAAAAACAGGAUGGUACGGUUCCACCAGUUGCACGGGUACCUUGUAAUCAUCGCAGACACUCAUCCAUCUCCCCCAACAAUCUUGGCAACCCGGUACCGAAGGAUUCUUUAAACACCAGUCUCGCCACUAAAGGAUUCUAAUCACAGCCACUUCUGCACUGUGGGGAGCUUUUUCUUUGUCUUUUUUUUUUUUUUUUUUUCCUUCUAGUGCAACUCUUCAUAGGAGCCCUGGUUGUUCAUCUGGCACCCUGCAUGAGGAGAACUGUCAGUGCUGCCAGUGCUAUCACUCAAAGGUAAAAUCAGAUGGAGGAAAAAGCCUUCUUGGCAAGGUUGAAAUUGCCAAAUGUCAAGUCUUCACAAAGACAAAAACACAAGCACAUUUUCAGAUACAACCACGUACACACACACACUCUCUCCCACAUUUAUAUAUAAAUGUAUAGAAAUACAUAUAUAUGUAUGCACACUUUUCAACAAUUUAAGAUUUAUGUGCAUACUUCUGUUAGAAGCCGUCAUAUCGCAUCUGGGGAAGAAAUACUGCUGUUAGUUUGUGGUUUCAUUUUACGCUUUCCCUCUCCUGGGUUGUCCUCGGCUAUAACCUCACCGCUGCACACAAGCGAACGCACACACAGAAACACAAGCGCAGACCUGAACACACAAGAUCACAAUGUUUGCUGAUGACCAGACGCACCCCUCUUUCACUCACUGAGAAGAGAUGAUUCCUGAUCUAUGCCAUGAUUUCCACGGACCCCCUCCUCUCUGUCCUCCAAGGAGGGUCCUUGGGGAGGUGUGAAAGGGCUCAACGGUAGAACAAGGAACAGCAGAGGAAUUCAUGGCAAACUGACAAGACUUCUGACUGAACUUUCUGUUUUCUUGGUGUGACCUCUGUUGACGUAUAUAAAACUUUAAAGAAAUUCAUCAAAUGUGAAGAAAACGCCAUAUUUUUUUCCCCCUCAACACAUAACAGUUGUAAGACAUGUUAACGUCCUGCUUCAGAUCCAGAGGAGCUUCUUUUUUUUUUUUUUUUUGUCAAAGGAUGUAAAUUUCUGUCAUCAGGCGGGUGAUGAAGGCGCAGAGACUUUCAAAAAGAGGGAGCACAUCAGCUUUUUCAUUCACCCCUGCCCCCAGGACACUCAUAUCCUACCCUGUACCCUGCAAACUGUUUUCCCCCUGAACUCCUCCUGUAAUGUGAAAAAUCUAAUCUGAGGGGGAUUGUCCAUCAAAAACCUUCAAGCUGAAAUGUUCAGAAUCAAACCAUGAGGUUAUUUUUAGCUUCUUUUUUUUCAUAAAAAACUAAAAUCUCAUUUUGAAUAGAUUAAUUUCACAUUUCAGCUUGGUCUGGUAUAAUCUGUGGCAUUUCUUUGUGUUUUAUUGGUUUGAUUUUCCUCCAGUCUUAUGCACACAAUCGAAAGGCACAGUGAUGUCUGGACGGCAGAAAAGGGACCUAUGCUCAUUGAAUACUAGACUCAUACAGAGUGCAGGUCCUGAUCUUUAUAGUGUAACUACUUUUUUGAUUAAGAGGUCACAUGUCAUCAAUCGAUUUGAAUAAUUGUAAAAAAACAAAAAAAACAAUGUGAUGUGUAUCUCUCCUUACCGCCUAACAAAUAUAUGACUAUAUUUACAUAAAGCCUGUACAAAGCUGCUGCAGCUGACGGUCAUUGGAUGGUUGAUAACUGUCCCAGAUGGCUGGGGAGGUUUUUUUUUUUUUGUUAUUGGAAGCAAUAUUUUUUUGUUUUAUUGUUUCUAUUUUUAACUUGCAGAUGUAUUGUAAUUACAUGCUGUUGAAUUGGAGUAGGCCGGGUUUUUGUUCGUCUUGUUUUUACCACUUCGCGGUGACGGCUGUUUGAAAGUGUACCGUCCCACGUUCCAGUUGGUGUUUAGAUCCGGGGCUACCGGGUACUAACUUUAAAUCCGACCCCUUGCCCCGGACUUGUAGAUGAUCCGCUGGUUGGCUGCUAACUAUUGCGCUUAAAGGGGAGGGUGUUCAGAGCAGCGACUAGAUCACAGUGGGGCUUUAAAUAUCUGGUAGGGCUGUUUAAAAGCAGCCAGGACAUGUUUUUUGGGACUAGCUAAUAUUACUGAACAAAAGUAUAGAGAAAGGUGUACAGUCAUGAACUAGCAGACUAGACCGAGCCACUUUAAAGAUUUACAAUUUUGUUGCCUUGUAUCCGAUCUGGAUACAAGCUUAUGUUUGCAAGAUUUUUACUUGCUAAUAAAAAGCUGUUUUAAGUGAAAUAACAAGAGGAAAAAAAGAAGCAACAGACAGCGUUUUGGCCUCUGAUUGUUUGUAUCUUUUUAUAAAUUUUAGAUUGAAUUCUUCUCUUUAAGGUGGCUCAUUGAUGCUUUCAGCUCUUGUGCAUAUUAAAGACGAUAAUGAGUUGAGAAAUUGUUGUGCCUUUUGUUUUUCAUUUUGAAUACAAAUAGAUUUUUCUGAAGAGGAAAAAAAACGGAGCAACUGGAGAAUCUUCACAUGGGGCAAUUUGUCGCCUCUCUACUGUUGGAGUUUGCCAUGAGGAAUGGUCAGUGCAGCUGUCAAAAACAGUUUCCUUUCAUAUCUUUACCCAUUGAACAAUGUACUACACCAUUCCUACCCUCCCCGACACCACAAAACUCACUCAUUUUGCCAUAAUUUCAGUUCACAGAUUGUGGUUUCCUUUCUGAUCUCGCCCUCAGGACACUGUGAACGUCUGUGUUUCUGGUUCCAACCAAAAUAAACUUGCUGUUUAGCUGUUCAAAG